CCUCACCCCUUAGACGCACAAAAAAAAAAACGAGUCUCCGGGGAAAGGAAGCCCCUGCCGAUUGCCGAAGAAAGGAAGCCGCCGUCCAAUGUUGGGAGAAGUAGCGCCGCCGCGAGAGGGUGAAUUUGGCGACCACUCGGAAGAUAUGGAAAUUCCUUCUGCAGGCGAAGGAGAAAUAUCACCGCCGGCAGGCCCAUGUCCCUGGCUGGUGUUUGACGACGGCGAAGGUUACAAAACGCAAACUUUUUGCUGCAACAUUACAGGACCACCUUCCUCCUCGGUCAAGAUGUAUCCCAAGAGAAUCCCAGUUUUGCAAAACAAAAAGGUUGUUUGUUGUUCCCAUGGCAAGCUAGUUUUGUGGGAUGUUGAUACCAAACUGCUGUCACUCUGCAAUUCCACCACCUUUGAUGACAUUAUAUCCCUUCCUAGUUUGCAUCACUUGUCAAAUUACGGGAUUGAUACUUGUCUGCUACUCGACAAUAAGUUGGAUGAUCUCAUGGUUGUAAUAUUCUUGGAAAGUUUUCCAUCCAUAGUGUGCUGUUCCGUUGGUUCUGAAAGUGAGUGGAGUGAAAUAGCAUACGGGGAGCAGUUGAAUGCUUAUUUUCCUGAUGACCUCAUAGAAAAGUUUGAACGUGCUGGAGUCGGACCUCUCUUUUUUAGUAGGGCAGCAGUUAUUUGUGACAGUAUACUGAUUGCCAAUCUUCAAAUAAAACGGCGUGAUUGUUUCUUCCUUACGUGGGUGAUAGAGAUUGUUGAUGGAGAAGAACGACUGGGACUGGUGUUUUUUUUUCCGGUGGGUGUGCCUAAUGCUCUAGCCUUUGAGGUCUACAGACUGAAUUUUGAUGACCUGGUCUUUGAGAGAGUUAAAGAAGUAAGGGACAUAGCGUUCUUUGUUGGGGAGAGGCUGGAAGAAAAUCAUUGCAACAGAGGCAUCAUCAGCAAGCAAGGAAAAAAUAGCACCACUCAAUCAAUAUGGGAGUUUGAUGAGAAUGGAGAGCAAGGCAAAAGACUUCGUGACCUUCCUUUGGAUAUGUUUGAAGAAGUUUCCAAGCAUCUCGUAGCAUUUGAUUACCUGAGUUUUCGAGCUGCGAGUAAAAUCUUCCGUUCUAUUGCCCCUCCAUCAGUUGGAGAAGAGCAUUAUCCCAAUAUAAACAGCAGCAGUUAUAAUUAUUACCUGAUGAGGAUCCCCGAUUCUCUUCAAAACCCGACAACCAUGUGUUAUUCACAUCUAGGCUGGUUGCUUUUCUUGGAACCUCUGCGUGCCGUUCAUCUCUACAACCCGUUUACCCGGGAUAUCAUCAGUUGCAACCGUAGGUACGGGGAGGGGGUUGAGGAGAGCACAUUUUUCUAUUCAAAGCCAUCUGCCAUUACUACUUCUAAUGGCGAUUGUCCAAUCAUUAGCGUUGGUUUCUUUGAGGAGAAGAAAACUAUGGUUAAAGUGAUCAGCCCCCGCCCCGGGGAUGAAAUUGUGAGGCAUUUUGUUGUGGAAAGCGAUAGGGUUUUCAAGGUGGAAAGCCAUCUGACAGAAGGACGACUUGGAAAGCUUAAACCAAUAGACUGGCCAGUGGGAGACAACUUGAGCUGGGAAGUUCUUGACAAACCCCAAUGCCCAGAUGGGCUUAUUGAUUCUUCAUAUCACAACUACUUGGUGGAGUGCGGCGGGGAGCUGAUUUCGGUGUUUGUUGGGCAUUUGGGUAAAUGGGUUUCGGUUUACAGGCUGAAUGGUGACGAAGAGGCUUGGGAAACGGUCGCGGAUCUGGGCGGUUACGACUUGUACCUCAGCCCAUCUUCAUCCUUGUCUGCUUUGGCGACGACAGGAGGAGGGAACAAGAUCUAUGGCCCUUGGCUUCGUGGUUCUGAAAUUGUGUUCUUCUCUCUGGACACAGGCAAAUGGCAUUUCUCAGGGAGCUGAGACUCAUCGUGUGAUCUUUACGGUUCUCAAUCAAGACCACACAAAUAGUCCACAUAUUGGAUUUAUCUCGAUUAGACUUAUCCAGAUUUUGAUAUUGGAUAUUAAAAAAUAUUUCAUAUCGGCCCAAAGCCCAAUAACAAUCAAAAUAAAUUUGUCGUUAAGAUACCACACCUAAACCCACCAUCAUAACAAAGGGUCCAUGCCGCCCGAGGACAACAACAACAACCCAGGUAAAUCCCACACAAGUAGGGUCUGGGGAGGGUGUGUGUACGCAGACCUUGCCCCUACUCGAAAGUAGAGAGGCUGUUUCCAAAGAGACCCCCGGCUCAACGUCGAAAGUUGCAUUGCUUGACUAACUGCUACUUCAUUAAUUAAAGAAGCGCAGAUAG